AUGGCAAGCACUUAACCACUAUGCUUACCGCGAUGCAGUGUUCCUUGCAGAAAGAUUAUAUGCAGAAGGCUUGCAGAAGGAGAGCAGAUCUUAUCUGGUGGAGUGUUGAAUAAACAGAAAAGCCAUGAUGACAUUGUUAUGGAGUUUGGUGACUCUGCAUGCUUUACGCUCUCCUUACUGGGACAUGUCUACUGCAAGACAGACCGGCUUGCCAAAGGAUCAGAAUGUUACCAAAAGAGCCUUAGUUUAAAUCCUUUCCUCUGGUCCCCUUUUGAAUCGCUAUGUGAAAUAGGUGAAAAACCAGACCCUGACCAAACAUUUAAAUUAACAUCUUUACAGAACUUCAGCAGCUGUCUGCCUAACACUUGCACAACAUUGGUAUCUAAUCACAACAUAUCCCAUAGACAGCCCGAGACUGUCCUUAUGGAAACACCGCAAGACACAAUUGAGUUGAACAGAAUCAACCUAGAAUCCUCCAAUUCAAAAUACUCCUCCUUGAACACUGAUUCUUCAAUGUCUUACAUUGACUCGGCUGGGAUUUCACCAGAUGCUGUCCCCCUUGGGUCAGGAACUGCCAUAUUGUCUAAACAGGCUCAAAAUAAACCAAAAACUGGGCGAAGUUUACUGGGGGGACCUGCAGCUUUGAGCCCGCUAACUCCAAGCUUUGGAAUUUUGCCACUAGAAACCCCAAGCCCUGGAGAUGGGUCAUAUUUACAAAACUACACAAACUCUUCUUCUGUAAUUGAUGUGCCAUCCACAGGAGCACCUUCAAAGAAGACUGUCAGCAGGAUAAGCCAAGCUGGAACAAAAUCUGUCUUCUCACAGAGUGGAAAUAGCCGGGAAGUCACUCCAAUUCUUGUUGCACAAACACAGAGCUCUGGCCCACAGACAAGUACAACACCUCAGGUAUUGAGCCCAACAAUUGCUGCUCCACCAAACGCACUGCCUCGAAGAAGCUCUCGCCUGUUUACUAGUGAUAGCUCUACGACAAAGGAAAAUAGCAAAAAAUUAAAAAUGAAGUUUCCACCCAAGAUUCCAAACAGAAAAACAAAAAGUAAAACAAAUAAGGGAGGAAUAACUCAACCAAACUUAAAUGACAGUUUGGAAAUUACCAAACUGGACUCUUCCAUCAUUUCAGAAGGGAAAAUUUCCACUGUUGCGCCACAGAUCCAGGCUUUUACGCUACAGAAGGCAGCAGCAGAAGGUUUGAUGAGCCUUCUUCGUGACAUGGGGAAAGGUUAUUUAGCCUUGUGUUCAUACAACUGCAAAGAAGCGAUAAAUAUUUUAAGCCAUUUACCAUCCCACCACUACAACACUGGCUGGGUGCUGUGCCAAAUUGGGAGAGCUUACUUCGAACUUGCAGAAUAUAUGCAGGCUGAGAGAAUAUUUUCAGAAGUAAGGAGGAUUGAAAACUACAGAGUAGAAGGCAUGGAGAUCUACUCGACUACGCUGUGGCAUCUGCAGAAAGAUGUUGCUCUUUCAGUUCUUUCAAAGGAUUUGACGGACAUGGAUAAAAACUCACCGGAGGCAUGGUGUGCUGCAGGAAACUGUUUCAGCUUGCAACGAGAGCAUGACAUUGCAAUCAAGUUCUUCCAGAGAGCCAUUCAAGUUGAUCCAAACUAUGCUUAUGCCUACACCCUGUUGGGGCAUGAAUUUGUGUUAACAGAAGAACUAGACAAAGCACUAGCUUGUUUUAGAAAUGCAAUCAGAGUCAACCCUAGACACUAUAAUGCAUGGUAUGGGUUGGGAAUGAUUUAUUACAAACAGGAAAAAUUCAGUCUGGCAGAAAUGCAUUUCCAGAAAGCACUUGAUAUCAAUCCUCAGAGCUCAGUCUUACUGUGUCACAUUGGAGUAGUCCAGCAUGCACUGAAAAAAUCUGAAAAGGCUUUGGAUACUUUAAACAAAGCUAUUAACAUUGACCCCAAGAACCCACUAUGCAAAUUCCAUAGAGCUUCUGUAUUAUUUGCAAAUGAAAAAUACAAGUCUGCUUUACAAGAACUUGAAGAACUGAAACAGAUUGUUCCCAAAGAGUCUCUUGUUUACUUUUUAAUAGGAAAGGUAGGUAAAACGUUUGGCACAGAUGAAUCCCAAGAAAGCAGCAUGACGGAUGCAGACGACACACAGCUCCACGCAGUUGAAAGUGAUGAAUUUUAACCUCCAAAAGCCAGUAUCUGAGCUUGAGUGUGUGACUGGUACUGUUGUGUUCUCCCCUUCCUUCGCAUCCUGGGUCUUCACAUCACUGAGCCAGCAUUGUCAUUAUUCUCCACUGACACCAUGAGUACACCACUCAGACUUAAACUGUACAGAGUUAAUGGCAGUGCAAUAUUCAGCUGCUACUGAGUCUGACUAGUUGGCUCUUACACAUUUAUGAAAGUGACUGAGGAGGAAAUGCUGGUUUUGGACUCCCCUUUGCUGGAAAAAUAUCAUGGAAGAAAGACUUGUGGUUUGCUGUAACGAAGCCAGUAGAUGUGGGGAUAGUACUAAUGAAGCAGUGUCUUGUUCUUUUUCCAGAAAUGUGUCUUAGUUUGGUUCUUUCUUGGUAAGCAGAGUGCUGAACUUCAUUUCCAAGUUCUUCGAGGACAGUGUUGACAAACGCAGGCUGUUAAAGACUUUUGCAUAUUGUAGUGUAACUUAAAUGCCAGGGAAUGUAAACGACCUUAAAGCUGCAGCGUCUCCAGUGAACAAACACAACGCACGUGCUCAGAACUGGGAGCGUGUCAGACUACGUAAAAUAUCCAGUGUCCCUACUUAAGAGUGCAAACUUGCAGGAGUGGAAAUGUAGCAGGAGAAUCACAUUGCAGAAUCAAAGCUUUCAUGAAAUGCUUUCAUGUUCUAACCAAGAAUUAAUUUAUUCGCCUAGUUUCUGAAAGGUCAGUGUUUACCUUGUACUUCAAAGAAACAAGUCAACACCACCUUGCUUCAUUUUACACAUACCCCUUGACUUGUUCUUCCCCUCUGAAGAAUAAAAAUUAAUAAAGGGCAAAAUCAAGAGAGAAACGUACGUAGAACUGUAAUGUGAAAACAUCAAACUCUUAAUCCAGAGUGACUGCGUGUUUCUAAGCAGCUAGACUGGGAAGACCGUGGAAGCCUUAAUGCGAUCAGAACCUUAGUCAAACACAUCAAAUAAUUGUCUAAGAUUAGUAUCACUUUUAAAACUGUCUUGUAAAGCGUGGUCCAAGCAGGAUGCAAAAAUGUGCAAUUAUCUGUCCCCCCCUUUUUUUUUUUUAGCUGUUUGUUAGAUUCUCACCCUAGGAACACUUUCCUCUUCUGCAGAGGCUGCUUCUGUGAGAGGAAAGCUACGCCACGUUAUCGAGUCCAAAAUGACCUUGCUCUGUAGCAUUCUGCAGCAACAAUUGGUGCCCUUUAUGCAGCGAUGACAAAGAAAGUGUAUGAUAUAAGCAGUUUUAAAGAGCAAUUUAUGCAGAAUAAAUUGGGAAUGAUAUAAAUUUCAUAGCAACAUAUUUGUUGUGAUCAGUCUUAAUGUUCCUUUUUUUUUUUUUUUAGCGUAUUGGUUUUUAGGGGUCUUUUAGUUACCUUUGGAACUUCAGGUUUUUUAAAUUCUGUCCUUGUCUUACACUAGGCAUGUCUUCUGUCACAGCUCCUCUCUGGUCAUGAGCCACAUGGACACCUUUGUCAUUUGGAAAAUAAUCCUCAAGUGCUGAGCGAAAAUAUAAUUCUCUGAUUUUUUUUUUUUUUUGAAGUAGGAGGAUAAGCAGUGAAAAAUAGGCUUAAACUCCCCUAAUAACGUGAAAAGGAAUUUCUAAAAUCCGAACGAUGAUAAUAUAUUAAAGGAGCUUUGUGCCUCUGCCAUCUACUUCUGAUCAGCUUGUGUCUGGAAGGUUGAUGAAUUGACUGGAAGAUCACGACACGUUUCAGCUGGCUUGAGCGUGCUGAAUCUUGCACCGCUUUUUGUGGCGAUAGAUAUUCUGGGGUGAUUCCCUUUCCUGAUGAGUCCUCCCCGAGGAAGACACGGGGUUCAAAUUUCCCGAGAGCUGAUCUGCAUCUACGGCAGAGUUCGCGCGCGGUGCUCGAGUUACCCGUGUCUGUCCUGGCGUGGGGUUUUCCCAUCCGGCCGCGGGGUGCGCUUGCAGCUUCCCAGUGCGUCCCUCGCAAGGAGGAGUUCCUACGCGGCGCCUCAGCGUCAGGUCUGGAGGCAGCACUUGUCUGAACGCCACCGAUUAACGUGUUAAUUGGCUUCCGUUUGGUUCCCAACAUAUUUUUCUAAGCAAAAAGCGGGAGUAAGCAGGUGCUGCUCUCAAGACUUUCCCGUAACAAACGCUGCUGUUUAAAUGGGGACCAGAGAUCUGGGAAGUUCGGUGGCUUUUUCCCUUCUGUUCUCUAAAAAUUGCGAACAAUCGUAGUAGAAUUUUCCACACCCUGGAAAGAGCUCUUCAUUCAGCCGGGAUGUUAAAAGGAUAUUCGUGCUACCUGGAAGAUUUAAUACUUAGAACUGUCCCUUGCUUUAUAUGUACAUCAUACCUUAAAGUGAUUUUUUUUUUCUUUUUUUGCCAAUAAUCUCAAGUAAAGUUUAGACCAUGCUGCUAUUUUACCUUCUGAAUAGAUACACAAAACUAAUAUUUAAUCACUAAACUUUUGCUCUCUUUGAAGAGGGGCAGGGAGAAGGACGGCGAGCACGAAGGCACUCUGGCAGCCAGGUUAGAGCAAGUGCGUUCACUGAAAAGAAUUGGGGAACUGUCAUUUUCUUACAACAAAACUAUGGGAAAAUGCAAAGUGUGGGUGUGGUGUGUACUAUUUGCAUUGAAACAAUGUAAUUUGUCUUUUUCCCUUUUUUUUUUUUUUUUUUUUUUGCUUUUCCUGACUUUUUAUUUCAAAAAUUGUACAGUCUUAGGGGGGAAAAAAAAAAAAAGUCUUUUCUGUUAAUAUAUUUGCGAUUCAUUAAAGGAUGUGGAAAAUCCAAAUAAACUACUUUUAAAA